UGUGUAAAAUUGCACUCUUAACACAGCUGCUGCUCUCCUCUACAACUCGCCACUGGGACGAGCAGUUUCAACUACAGUACAGUAUUUCCGCGUGAAUGCCUGCGCUGCGACUCAGCAGGCUCCACCCGCCUCUUCAACCCCUCCGUUUCCUCCAGAAGGGCAGAGCGGAAGUCGCCUAUGCUGUGUACGUCGCUGAUUUUCUUCCGCUUUCACCUUGCUGGGAGAAGCACAAGGAUAUGCGGUUGUCACCGUCUUGCUGAGUACCUAGAGGGAGUAAAGAACAACUUUGAGGGAGCUGCUAAAGUACUAAAGGAGAAUUGUGAAAAAAACUUGCACAGUGAGAGCUGCUACAAACUUGGAGCUUACUAUGUUACUGGAAAAGGUGGGCUCCCUGCCGAUUUGAAAACUGCCUACAACUGUUUUUUGAAGUCUUGUGAGAAAGGUGGGAAGAAAUCCAUAGAUGCUUGUCACAAUACUGGACUGCUGGCACAUGAUGGACGGGGCAAUGAUGAUGAGAAGCCCAACGCACUCCUAGCCAGGGAUUAUUAUAGUAAAGCUUGUGAUGGCAGUUUUGCCCCCAGCUGUUUCAACCUUAGUGCAAUAUAUCUCCAAGGAGCCCCUGGGAUACCAAAGGAUAUGAACCAGGCUUUGGAAUACUCUCUGAAAGCGUGCAACUUGGGACACAUAUGGGCAUGUGCUAACGCUAGCCGAAUGUACAAGCUGGGGGAUGGAGUUGAGAAGAAUGAUGCCAAGGCAGAAACCCUAAAGAAUAGGGCAAAAGAGCUGCACAAAGAACAGCAGACAGCUGCAAGAUCCUUAACAUUUGGAGAGUAAGCCCAGUCAAGUGAUUUAUAGUUUUCUCAAGAAACAUACUUUGUACAAUAGUGCACAGACAUUGGGUGGAAUUCAGCAUUGCAGUAUUGCAACAUUGCUGCUUGUCAGACAGCAUGAUUCCCCCUCCUCUCCCUGCCUGCUGUUCUGGGGGUUCUCCAAACACCUGCCCUGAGCCAAUUUCGGGAGGCACCGAGCAGGAGGAGAUGGGGGAAAGGUAUAGAGCAGGCAUCCCCAAACUGCGGCCCUCCAGAUGUUUUGGCCUACAACUUCCAUGAACCCUAGCUAAGAGGACCAGUGGUCAGGGAUGAUGGGAAUUGUAGUCCAAAACAUCUGGAGGGCUGAAGUUUGGGGGUGCCUGGUAUAGAGCUUGUGCUGAUGGGACUCUGGUGCAUUCCACCCUUACUCUGUAGAUUCAAAAAACAUAUAUGUGUGAAUGGGUGUCUCUUUUUGCCUGUACAAAUUGAUUUGUAAACACAAUAAAAACCAAUAUUUUAAGGA